CGGAAUAGCAUCAGUACGUUUGUCAUUGAAUUUUUCCAUUUAGUUGUAAAAUGAGAUUCGUUUGGUAAAAAUGAAAUUCAAUCAAAUAUUGUGUGCACUAUUCCUGCUGAUAGUGUUUUAUCUAACGCUUUUCGUGAGCGCUUCGACCAUUCAAAGGAGCCUAUCGGACGAUAUCCGCAAUGGAAUCAGCAUAGCGGGCAAAAUUCUUGGUGUCGAUUCACCGUCGAACAUUGCCAUCAUAUCGAACAUCGCUGAACUAGUAACACGUUCAUUUUCUAAGAACACAAAUGCAAACCAACCAGGCAGUGGAUGGGAUAGAAGACAAAUGACGGAGCGGUAUCCAACCGAACACUUGGAAGAUUUUGGUGAAACACCACAGGGCACUCAUCAGGUGAAUUCUAAUGAACAGGACACUAUUGACGACAAUGUGAUCAUUGGGAAUAAUAUCAACACAAGACCAACCACAACGACCGACGUUGAUCACGGAUUUUUGGGUCAAGUCCUUCGUGUGAUGGGUAUGGAUACAGGCAAAAUCGGAGCAAUGGCUGUAAAUGGUCUUAUUUUUAUUGCACAAAUGAUUGGUCGCUCGUUAAUGUCAGCUUUCACAACUGUGACGAAUAAAAUGGGAGCGAAGCCAAACGAGAACAUUGCAAUGGUCGAUCGAACUCGACGAUUCGAGAACGAUAAUACUGACGAAGAAGCAAACUCCAUUUGGGAUAAUGCAAUUGGUUGGAUAAUUGAGCAAAGUAAAUCGAGUUCAUUUUUGUCGCAAAAAAUCGAUGCAAUGUUGGACAGAGAUUUAUCAGAGCGUCUUAUAGAUAUGGUUGACAAUGGGAAUGAUGAUGAAACUGCACCGAAUGAGAACAUCAAUUGUGUUAAGCAGUUGCUGUGCAAAACUGCGCCUUUUAUCUGGGGCAUGCAGAAAGCAGUUUCAGCUCAAAUGAAUACAUCUGAUAGCGAAGCAAGUGCAACGGAUGAAACAUCGAACGACAAUGCGAAGAAUGCUUCAACUGACAAUGAUUAUCGAAUGAAUGUAUUUUUCAAAUAUAUGCCGUCGGUUGAUGAAUUCAAAAACCAUGGAAUUACAUGUGAAGAUCAAUAUAAACAGUGUAAACUAUUUUAA